AAAAACAAAGUAUACAUAUAUCGCGUAGAAGUAACUUCUGAGUCACUUCUGACCGAUAGAAAGGCGAUAGCACUCAUUUCGAUCGCGAAGAAGUAUCUUCGGAGACACUUCUGGACGAUAGUUCGACCAUAGAACGAUAUUUCGAUAGCGAAGCGAAAGUGACUAGAGGCGACUUUUUCGUUUGCUUUGCCAUUUUGGUUGCCGGGUCGGAUCGCGUUGCCUCUCUCACUGCUUGUUUACUGGUUAGUGCGUACUUUCGCUUUCGUUUAUGGUUUGUCUUCAAUCCAAAAAAAUGCGGUUACUUAUAGGCGUGCUCGCCACUAUCCUAGUGCAGUUGGUUUCAAGAUCAACUGCAGAUAUUCCCGAUUGCGAUUUUUAUGAUACCGUGGAUGUAUCAAACGCUGAAAAGUUUUCGAACGGAUCGUAUCUAUAUGAUGGUCUACUGAUUCCCGCCAACUUGGUGGGGGAAUAUGACUUCGAGGUUUUGCCUGAUGGUGGCAAAAAGUACGGUUCGAAGCACAUUAGAGGAUGUGCCUGCAAACUUAAGCCCUGCAUCAGGUUCUGCUGCCCGCACAAUCACAAGAUGAAGAGCAGCAAGUGCGUUGGUGAGAUGUCGUUGGACGAACUGGAAACCCACAAUCGCUUCGUGAACGUGACCCUGAACAAUGGGACAGUGGCCAAGAGGCACUUCAGGGAGGAUCUAGUCGUCCAAUCGGAUCUGCCCCUGCCCUGUGGAGACGAAAACAUGCACCACGCAGAUCACACAAAGCCUGGCAACGGCUUCACUCUGUUCGAGAAUGGAACCUUUUUCCGGGCCUGGGACGAGGCGUACUUGGAUAAGUCGGAAUACUGCGUGCAACACAUUGAAUUCGUGGGUGAUAAUAUUCGCAUUGCUCCCCACUUCUGCCUUCUUGGGACUGAAGCCUCGAAAACCGGGCAGACCGUUGUGAUGAUAAUAUCGUUGGUUUGUAUGCUUCUCACGAUCAGCGUGUACCUCUACGUGAAGAAGCUGCAGAACCUGCACGGAAAGUGCUUUAUGUGCUACAUGGUCGCCCUGUUCGUGGCUUACCUACUCCUGCUGCUCGACUUGUGGAACGCGUUUAGACUGCCCUCGACCGCGUGCACUGCAUCAGGUUUUGUGGGCUACUUCUCCGUCAUGGCCGCCUUCUUCUGGCUCUCUGUCAUCAGCCUGCACCUCUGGAACACCUUUAGCGGCACCGCCCAUUCGCUGAACCGCUUCCUGCCCGAACAUCGCUUCCUGGCCUACAACAGCUACGCUUGGGGCAUGGCCCUGGCCAUGACCGGCGUCACCUUCCUGGCGGAUAAAGCAAUAGCAGAUAGGGACUGGGCGCCUCGCAUGGGCACCACACAGUGCUGGAUCUACACUGGCGACAACGUUGUCCUACUGUACUUCUACGGACCGAUGGUACUGCUGAUAGCUUUCAACAUUACCAUGUUCAUCCUGACUGCUAUCCGUAUAGUCAAAGUGAAGAAGGAAGUCCAGAACUUUUCCCACCAGCAAAGAAGGAACAACAAGCUGAACUCGGACAAGCGAACCUACACGUUCUUCCUGCGCCUCUUCAUCAUCAUGGGCUUGACCUGGAGCUUGGAGAUAAUAUCCUUCCUCGUGCGCCGCGACUCUUUUUGGCCUAAGGUCCUGAAGGUGGCUGACUACCUAAACUGGUCCCAGGGAACCAUCAUCUUUGUGCUCUUCAUCCUCAAGCCCAGCACCCUAAAGCUCCUGAAGGACCGCAUUCAGGGAAAGAAAGAGGAAGAGCCUGACAGCGAAGAAGAAAUCUCGCUAGACAAUACGAAAUUUGACCCGAGUGUCCUGUAAUAGAGGGCCACCAAAGUACACCUGGAGUGCCGUCACUACGCGAUCCAGAGAAGGGCGAUGUGGAACUUCACGAAGUGAUGGUCUGUAUACCAGCAGGGCAUAGUUACUAUUGAGGUUUCUUGGUAGUAAGUCUCCUUUCUACCUAACCUACAUCUCGAAGAUAUUUUAAUUUAUAAGGAUGAAUCUGCAUUGACACACACUCGAAACUUCAACUACCUCAUCUUUACUCAGGAAACAAACGUGAUUUUGGACUUUUUUUUAUAAAAUUAUAAAUAAUAAAUAAGUAAUUCUUAUAACCGCAAGGGUAUACAAACUUCGGCUUGCCUUUCUGGUUCAUCGUCUUAGUUGCUAUUUAAUAUGAAAUGUUUUUUGUGAACCUCAUAGAAAUGUAAUCUACAAAUAUUUAUCGUCCCAUGUUAGGAAACAAUGAUUCAUGCGAAAUUUUGUUUCUUUUGCUUAUCUUAUGUUUUUCGUGCGCACUUUAAAAUAUAUACAUACAUGUGAACCUCA